AAAAUGCUUGUGCGUGUGUGUGUGCGUGUGCUGCUGCAGCUGCUGAGGGCGCAGGGGGAACUUGGUAUGGGCUGUGUCUCAAAAUUCUGUACAAAGUCCCGUUUAUUCUAGUCAACUUAGAAAACUAGAUAGGUGCACGCAUACGCAACUGCUCAAAUGGUACCGUUUAGAAUAACUGUAGCUGGCGUCUGCUUUCUCCAAUUCGUCAUGGUCUACACGGAAGCCGUUACGGUCGAAGACCGAGUCAAACUCAGGGAAGAAGUGCGAGAAAUGUUCUACCAUGCCUACCGAGCAUACAUGGACUACGCUUACCCGGCUGAUGAGCUGAUGCCUCUGAGCUGUAAAGGUCGCUACAGAGGAACUGAGCCCAAUCGGGGGGACAUUGACGAUGCACUGGGAAACUUUUCGCUUACCCUGGUCGACACCAUGGAUACUUUGGUGCUCCUAGGAGACAUUGACGAGUUUGAACGUGUUGUUAGGCUCGUGGUCCGUGAUGUCACAUUUGACCAUGACAUCGUCGUGUCCGUCUUUGAAGCCAACAUCAGGAUGGUCGGGGGCCUUCUGAGCGGCCACAUCCUGGCGUCGUACCUGCAAGAACACCAUGGCCGGCUGGACUGGUACCGGGGGGACCUGCUGCUCAUGGCCAAGGAGCUGGGCUACCGCCUGCUGCCGGCCUUCAACACCUCCACGGGGGUCCCACACCCCAGGAUCAACCUUCGUUUGGGACUCAAGUCUCCGAAAUUGGGCCAAGUGUCCGAGACCUGCACCGCCUGUGCCGGCACCAUGAUCCUCGAGUUUGCAGCCCUUAGCAGGCUGACCGGAGAACCCAUCUUCGAGGAGAAGGCGCGGGCGGCCAUGGACUACCUGUGGCAGCAGCGGCACCGGUCGAGCGACCUGAUGGGCACCGUCCUCAACAUCCACAACGGGGACUGGGUCAGGAGAGACAGUGGAGUGGGUGCUGGCAUUGAUUCUUACUACGAGUACUGCUUGAAGGCCUACAUUCUACUGGGGGAUGACCUGUACCUAGAGAGAUUCAAUAAGCACUACACUGCCGUGAUGAAGUACAUCAGCAAUGGUCCGAUGCUUGUGGACGUGCACAUGCACAGACCCAACACCAACUCGAGGAACUUCAUGGACGCGCUGCUGGCCUUCUGGCCGGGACUGCAGGUGCUGAAAGGGGACAUCAAGCCUGCCAUAGAGACACACGAAAUGCUCUACCAAGUCAUGCAGAGGCACAACUUUCUUCCAGAGGCGUUCACCACCGACUUCCAAGUCCACUGGGGCCAGCAUCCCCUGAGGCCCGAGUUUGUGGAGAGCACCUACUUCUUGUACAAGGCAACGAGGGACCCGUACUACCUGGAGGCCGGCCGCCGAGUGGUUGACUCUCUCCAGAAGCACGCCAGGGUGCCCUGCGGGUUUGCUGCCGUCAAGGACGUGCGCACGGGCAAGCACGAGGACAGGAUGGACUCGUUUGUGCUGGCGGAGACCUUCAAGUACCUGUACCUGCUGUUUGCGUCGCCGGAGGACAUUCUGUUAGACCUGGACCAGUUUGUGUUCACCACGGAGGCUCACCUGCUGCCCCUCAGCCUGGCCAGGAUCAACCGCACCCACUUCAACAUGUCUCCCCGGAUGAUGUUCUUCGCGCCGGACGAGGAGUUUGCCCAGUCGUGCCCCAACACCCACUUCCUGUUCCCCAAGACCAACUUUGCCCACUCGGUCAGGCAGCCACUCAAGGACCUGGUGGAAGGGGCCUGCCCCUCACGGACCCCCGCUGCCAGAAGACUACAUGCCUCUCAGUUUGAGGCCAGCAAGAAGGAGCACCUGAACCUGGUCAAGAAGAUGGGAGUCUUUGUCACCCUGAUGGCAGACGGACGGAUCCAGCUCAUCCACAACGCAGCACAGGCGGAGAGCCAGGAGGAUGCCCAGGAGGGUCUGCUCUUCAUGCAAGAGAUGAUCGAGCUGGCCAAGCAGCAGAACCACCAAGAACAGCACAUGCGUUCAGUGGCGUUCACCCUGCCUACGACCAAGAUGCGGAUGGUGCUCCAGGCCGGCCCCGCCCAGUUCGGCAAGGACCUCAGCAAGCCGGCCAAUGAGGUGCUUUGCCCGCUCCCUCAUAGCCCCGCCCCCGGCGGGCCCGGGAGGGGUGCGGCUCCUAACCCACGGCUCCUCUCGCAUGUUGGCCCCGAUCCUUCCGAAGGUGGAAGGUCCGCUGGUGCUCGUGGACCCCAAACGCGGAUGCGGGGAGCUCCGCAACGGCCCGGACCUCGCCGGGAAGAUUGCCGUCAUGGAGAGAGGAGAGUGCAUGUUCGUCGAGAAGGCUCGGAAAAUUCAGGCACUUGGGGCCAUUGGAGGCAUUGUAUUAGACAACCAGGCAGGCACCAAUGCCCGGCUGUCGCCCGCAUUCGCCAUGUCUGGGGACGGGACGGACGACGUCCAGAUUCCCGUCGUAUUCCUCUUCACGGAAGACGGGGAGAUGCUCCUCAACACCUUCAAGGACAACCCGGGCCUGAUUGUGAAGUUGGCCGACUUCAACAUUGCCACGAUUGCCGAGGGGAUGGCCGGACCGGGGGACAACUUGAGCCUGGCCAGCGGGAGUGCCUCGGCAGCCGAAGACAAGCCCCAGGCGACGCAGGCAGAGCUGCUGCGCGUGACGCAGCAGCUGCAGAUGCUGCGCUACAUACGGGACGGCACGGGCAGCUCGCCUCAGCAGUCGAGCAAGGUGCGAAGCGCCCUCGGGAAGCUGCUGAGUCAGCAGAAGCUCCUCGAGAUGGACAUCAAGAGCUUGUUGGAGCUGAUGAACCGACUAGAGGACAUCAUCCACGUCACCACGAAGCCAGGGGCGGAAGAAACGUGCGACGGGUCGGCGGCGUCUUUGUCGUGUCCGAACCCGCUGACCGACGUCGACGCUUUUGUGGACUUUGUGUCGCACCGGGAUCGACGCACCAAAGGGAGCGAAGUGUCGUGAUGAGUGGCGACGCAUGGAACGGACCUGCAUUUGGAACGAAGCUACGGCAAUGUGACGUGGCUUUGAGGGGGACUGGUCUUUGGACGAGCGAUACAACUAUUCUCAGUGAGGGGCUGCCACUGGGCGUGCCGUCUGUUCCGUUUCUCUCACUGGGGGCGUCGAGCUGGAAAGGUGCCUUACCGAGCGUGCUCAUCCCGAUUCCUUGAAAGUGGUUUCCCAAAGCACUCACUGGUAUUUGGGAGCAAUUCCCUAAACCUACCGAAUGGGAGCUGGGGGACCCCUCUCAGACAGUCGGUACAACUGCAGUCUGUGGAAUGCCAUUGCCACACGUGGAGGACUUGAAAGCUACCUCCAGGAAGUCCGAGUAGUAGUAGCGGACGUUUUGCCAAGAGACUUGGUUCUAGAUUUCUUGGCAAAACAUUUGUUGCCACUCUUUUUGGUUCCCUUCCAAGAAGCUCCUUUUCAAGUUCUUGCCACCAGGUUUGACUACCUUGGUGAUUUUUUUUAAUUGUGCAAAAAAGCCUACCUGGAGAUGACGCAUGCAGUGGUGGCAUGUCACUGGCAGUAGUUUAGUCGACUGGUCAGGGACCGCUUAUCAGGAGCUAAUGCCACUUUAGAAAGGAGAAGAAACUGUGCACAAUUUAAGUUUGGUUCCUUUCCAUCGGAUGUGUAGCUGCUUAGGGGAUUGGUGGGCCGUUGUGCGGCAUUGUUUCAAAAUCGAUGCAGGAGUUAAAUUAUUUUUGACUAUGAAGUAUUCGCUGCCAGACAUAACUCAAUAUUUCCCACCCCGAAAAUGGUAUUUGUAUCAGUGUGGUGCUUUGCGGUGCAGAACUGCAAUGUUAUGGCCAUUGCAGGCUUCGUGUCAAGGCUUACGGAGUUGUCACGCGAUGACUUUCACGCUGGUUGAGCAAGAAAUGUACCUUCCAUAGCUAUCGCUGCAGUCACCUGCAUUUAGGAAAUUCAAAAAACGUUGACUUUCAUUACUUUGUUGGACUAAGUUGACAACUUGCAAAACUUUUGGGAGUGUGAACACCAGUAGUCCUCUUCACUCUGCCGAGCACACACAGCUUCAUUGAUGCCACUGUGUAUUUAGUGGAGGAAGCGGUGUUGGGACUUUGUGUGUUAUGUACAGUUUUACAUAUAAUGUAUACUUGGAAAAAAAAAAAAAAAAAUCCUGCACUACCCCGAAAUCUCAUCUCUGUACAGAACUGGGGGUCGUUCCUCAAGUGUUGGAUUGUCGAAGCAAUAAUACGCCGAGAGGAAAGGUCCCGCGUUAUCCUUUUUUUAACAAAACAAGUCCGUGACAAUGUCUCGUUUCAUGUUUAUUGCAUAUGUAGCUGUGCAGUCUGAAUCAAAAGGAAGUGUGUGGAUGGCACCAAGUUGCAAUCUGGGGGCAUCUCUUUACUUGGUUUCGGUCAAAAUUGUUUGCUGGAGUUCUCUUGGUUUGUGGUCUUCGGCCAGUGCCGGUAUGCUUUUUGUUUAUUUCCUUGAGGGAAGGGACCAAUCGGAGCAGUUUUUCCAAAGUUAGGACCAUCCUGGCUACUACCUUAUUACUCGAGAAAGCCACCUUGGCAAUCUCAAUCUUCUGUUCCCCUUAACCCUCCCAAGCUUAGUUUGAUUUGUCUGGUUCUGAGCUAGGUUAAAAAGCUAACAGUAGCACUAAAUCUUGUUUAUUAAUAUAAUUAGGCGAUUUGUGCAUACUGCUAUGGGACCACACUUUGUUUCUUAGAUAUAAAUGCUGGCAACUGAGAUUUUGUCUUUAGAAACGAUUAGCUCUUGCCAGAACGGGACUAAUGAUAAAAAAUGGUGCGAACAUGGUCGAGACAUGAUGUGGACCUUUUUGCUUUACAUGGCAUGUCUCCCAACACUCUAGAAUCCUAAUGAAAUAAAACGGCGCAAAAAGGUACAAAAGGAAGUGACGAACUGGACAGGACAGAGCGCUGACUGACUCGCAUUUAUGUACUUUCAUUGAUAGACAAGGAGAAAGAAAACACGUUGUUGCACGCAUACCUUCUGCCCAUGAUAUUUACUCGUUACAGCAAGCACUGGACCUUCAUUGUCAGUUUUGGGAAUUCCAGCUCCUUCCUAGACAACACCACUGACGCUGCCGUAAUGCAGUUUCUUUCUCCACCGUGGAUGUAGAAUGCCUCAAGCACCACACAUGUCACUUUUUCUUUGUGCCUUCCCAAAAUAGUGGUGGUAUUAAAAGACUGUUUGCACAGGCACUAUUUACGGUGAACUGAAAGGUGUCUUCCCACUGUAGCUUUCAGAGAGUGCCUGUGCUUACUGAGCCCACCGUUCAGGCAGCGUCCCGUUUGCCCAGCAUAGGUGCGGCCGCAUGAGAAGGGACACAUGGCACAAACGGCUUGGCAUACUUCUUACUGCAUGUGGUCUUUUUUAUUCCUUCUGCCUUAGUGUUAACUUGUUUUUCUUUCUCCUUGUCUAUCAAUAUGAAUGCAUAGUUGCGAGUCAGCGCUCCGUCCUGUCCGGUUUGUUGCUUCCUUUUGUACCUUUUUGCGCCGUUUUAUUUCAUUAUUUUUAACCACUACCAACUAGCCCAGCUCUCAACCUUAUUACUAAAGAAUCAUCUCGUGGAUGAUCAAAGCGGACAUUGUCCAAACAGCGCCAGCACAAAAGAAACUGCUCGACUAAACUAGUCACUUCUUUCUCCACACUGUGGUCCCAGUGUGACGAACCAACAUGUCAGCUUCCUUGGUUGAACUGAGGCAAAGGUGGCUCCAACUGGGUUGUAAAUGGAUCGUUUAUAUCGUCACAUUGUGGGGUAAUGGUAGUGCCCCUGCUGCCGUGCAGCGUCUGUUAAUAAAAAAGAAACUCGACGAUGUCUUCCGUCCGUUUCACGAAAUCACUGGCCCUUCUGACAAUUUCAAUUUUUCUUGUGAUCAUGUGUACAAAACCAAAAAUGUGCUGUAAUGUACUGUACAUAGCAUUAAAAUAUGUUCUACGAGUCUAUAAAGAUACUCCUGCAA